AUUCUGGAUAAGGAGGAAGCGCUGCUUACUGCUAAUCGCCGACAUGCUGAGGAGUACAUCAAGCUGCAAGAGAAACUUAACGAGACUGCCCUAUCUUUGCAGUCGUCUGAAGGGUUGGUUGAGAGCUUGAAAAUGCAACUGUGUAACGCCGAAAACGAGAUGGCUCUGCUGCGUGAUGUGCAGAUUGCAAAUGAGAUGGAGUUGAUGAAAACGGUGAUCAAGCAGAAGACGGAGUUUUUUGAUAAUCAAUUGGCUGAGAUGAGUGGUAUGGAGGAGAAGUUCGCUGCUGUUCAAGAGCAGCUUGAAGCGGAAAAGCUGGCACGCGAUGUUGCAAACCGUGAAAUCAGUCAGUUGCGCGACGAAAAUUACACAUUGACGGAAAUGUUGGAUAAGACCAAGGCGGCAUUGUUGGAUGCGGAACGUAGAGCUAUUGCGGCGGAAGGGAACCUUGUUGAUCAUAUCAAAUGCCACACAGAAGAGCUUGACCUUCGUGUAAGCGAACUGGAGAAUAUGGUAGCCGCUGGUACAGCUGCUAAGCAAGCGCUAACGUUGGAACUAGAGGAGAAAAUGAAAAAACAAACUGCUUUGACUAACGAAGUGAAAAAGGCUGGUGAAGUUAUUUCCAAACUAGAAAUCGAAGUGACAGAUGCGAAGAAGGAGAAAAUCGCAUUGGUGGAAGAGUUGAAGCUUGGAAAGGAGUUGUAUGAGGAAAAAGCCGCUGAGACUGAGAAGGUUGCCGCCGAGUUUGCUGAACUUCAGUCAUAUUUCAAAUCGCUGGAACUUGAAAAAGGCCGUCUUAAGGAAGAGCUUUCAGCUGCAAUUGAAAAGGCUAAACAAGACGAGGCUGUUUCUCAACAAGUAGUAGAGUCGCUCAAAGUCCAGACUGCAACUCUAACAGCUGAGCGUAACUCGCUUAAGGAUCGAUUGGCCGUUGCCGAAGACUACAAAGCAAAUCUCGAGAAGGAUUUGGUUGAGAUGAGGGAAAGUGCACUCCGAUCGAAAGCCCAAAUGGCCAACCUCAUUUCUGCGUCAGCUAAAAUGGAGGAAGAAUGGAAAGAAAAGGAGAAAGUGUACAUGGACAGGAUUAAUGCAGCAGAAGAGGCAAUCAAAAAAAUGCCACAACUGGAGAUGACAGUAGAGUACCUCAAGUCAGAAGCAGAAGCGUUGAAUCUUGAGAUUAAAGAAACAAGCAGCAAGUUGGAUAUUGAAGUCGAGUCAAAAGAAAAGGCAACUAUUGCUCUCACUGCGCUUGAAGGACAGUAUCGCUCUCUGCAAGAAGCAAAGGAGGAAGUCGAAAAAGAAUACGAAAAAGCCAAAAAGCUGUUUGACGUGGAGCGCAGCGCAGCACAAAAGGUAUCCGAAGAACUAAAGCAAUCGAUAGCUGCCCUCGAGAGCCGCCUAGUU